CUGCAGUAGAAACGAGAGAGAGAGAGAGAGAGAGAGAGAGAGAGAUGGGGGAAGAUCCACAGCGUAUAAAGAAGAUCGCAGCAGCGUCGUACGAUUACGAGAGCGAUCCUCGAUGGGCGGAUUACUGGUCUAACAUCCUCAUCCCACCUAACAUGGCCUCUCGUCCUGACGUCGUCGAUCACUUCAAGCGCAAGUUCUACCAGCGAUUCAUCGAUCCUGAUCUUGUGGUUGAUUCCAUGGCUUCAACCAAUUCUUCUCAGUCAACAAGAGCAUCAGCAUCAUCUUCGCCGUCACCUGCAACUGAACAAGCUAGGCCCCGGAACUCAGGGUCCAGCACUGGAGCAUCUGCAAGACCGGCACCAUAUGCCAGUUCUCUGCGGUGGGAUCGUCAGACCAUACAAUUUUCUGUCAAUGCUUGGGUGUUUAUUGUGGGUGUUCUUUCAAUCCUUCCAUUUGUGCCAAGAAAUCUCUCAAAUAGAGCAUAUCGAUUAUCCUUAUUGGGCACCGCAUGUUCCUCCUUGUAUUCAUUAUACACUCUAUAUGGGAAACCGAGGGCAUGGAACCUCCAUGCUAUCCAAGUAUGGUUCCAGUCAGUAAUUGCGACGAAGGAUUUUAUCUACUUUCUCUACUGCCUUAUGUUUGUUACAUCUCAAUUGCACCUAAAAUUUGCUUUGAUACCUGUUCUCUGCCGGGCACUUGAGCUUGUUGCUAAGUUUUUGAGGCGUAAUUUCGGCCGCUCUUUCUUCUAUAGGAAAUACUUGGAUGGACUUUGUGUAUGGGUGGAGUCAAACACAAGUGCCCUCAGCAUCUUGAGUUCACAUGCCGAGAUCGGAUUGGGCUUCCUUCUAAUCCUUUCGCUAUUCUCACGACAACGCAACAUAAUACAAACAUUCAUGUACUGGCAGCUGAUGAAGCUCAUGUACCAUUCCCCCGUGACCGCCGGUUACCAUCAGAGCGUGUGGGCCAAGAUAGGCCGAACAGUCAAUCCACUCAUCUUCCAAUACGCCCCGUUCCUGAACACUCCCAUCUCUGCUGCCCAGAGGUGGUGGUUCAGGUAAAACCCUUUUGUAAUAGGAGCAACAGGAGGUUCAAACCAUAUGGGAUUAUCUUUUCCUACUGUAAUAGAAUCUCUUUAUGGAGGAAAAGCCUGGUUUCAGAUGGAGAACAUGCAAAAACCCAUUUUUAAAUGUGGACUUAAAGAACCCCCUUUUACUACAUUGCUUUUUUGCCUUUCCUAGUUGUUUCCCACUCAUGUACUAAAAGGGAGUGGGCUAAAGCAGCCUUCUCCCACUCAAACUUUUACAAACCCACCUCAUCAAAUCAAUCAAUCAAUCGUAUAUUAGCUUUUUGGAUCAA